CGAGACCCCUACAGCGUCUGCGUCCGGGGCGAGUGCGUGCACGUCGGCUGUGACAAGGAGGUCGGCUCCCUGAAGCAGGACGACAAGUGCGGGGUCUGCGGGGGGGACAACUCCCACUGCCGGACAGUGAAGGGCACGCUGGCCAAGACCCCCAAGCAGCCGGGUGAGUGUUUUGAAGAUGUUUGAGAUUCCGGCUGGGGCGAGGCACCUUCAGAUAGAAGAGAUGGAGCCAGCGUCCCACAGCAUCGCUGUCAAGAAUCAAGCCACGGGUAACUUCAUCCUUAACGCCAAGGGCAAAGAAGCCAAAAGCCAAGUGUUCAUUGAGAUGGGCUUGGAGUGGGAAUACACCGUCGAACGUGGCAAGGAGAGCCUGAAAACCAGUGGUCCUCUGCACGAGGCCAUCAGCGUUUUGGUCAUCCCUCAGGAAGAGGAGACGAGGAGCAGCCUGAUGUACCGGUACAUCAUCCACGAAGACCUGCUGCCCAUGAUCGGAAACAACAAUGUCCUGCUUGAGGAGAUGGAUUCCUACGAGUGGGCCCUCAAGAGCUGGUCUCAGUGCUCCAAGGCGUGCGGAGGAGGUAGCUUUCCCUUCGUAGCAACCUACAGCGCGUGCUUGGGAGGUUGCUCGGGUACGGUAGGGAGCGCGGGAGCCCUUUGGG